AUGAAGAAAUGUGUAAUAUCUCAUACCUGGCAGAUCCUGAAGAAGCAAAUGGGGCUGUACAAGCUCUCCAUGCAUAUCAUACUAAUGAUCCGAGUGUGCAAAAUGUUCCGCCAAGGCCUCAGGGGAUUCCGGGAAUAUCAAAUCAUUGCCGCUGCUCAAAGAAAGCACCCUAUCUUCUCCUUCUGGGAUAAAAAGAAGCAAAGCCAGAUCACAUUUGAUACCAUGGACUUUGUUGCAGAGGAGGGUCACUUACCGCCAAGGGCUAUAACGAUCAUGAAGAAGCCGCCUUCCUGGAGGACAGAGAGUGAGAUCCAUUCCCUCUGUAGCAUAUUUCGGGUUCUAAGCAGCUACCGGAACUAUGAAGAGCCCCUGCAGCUGCUCCUGGCCAAAGUCAUGCGCUUUGAACGGUUUGGUCGCAGGCGUGUGAUUGUCAGGAAGGGGAAGAAGGGCAACAGCUUUUAUUUUGUCUAUCGUGGCACAGUUGCAGUGACUCAGGAUGAUGAUGGCAGCAGUGCCUUCCUGGAUCCCCACCCGAAAUUGUUAUACAAGGGUGACUGUUUUGGGGAAGUGGGCCUUCUGAAUGCUAUAGUAAAGAGGUCCACUGUGGUCUGUAUGGAAGAAACGGAGUUCUUGGUUGUUGACCAGGAGGACUUCCUCCAUCAUAAGCUGGACCAGGAAGUUCAGAAGGAUGCUCAGUAUCGGUUUGAAUUUUUUAGGAAGAUGGAUCUGUUUGCAUCAUGGUCUGACGAGAAGCUCUGGCAGCUCGUGGUCCUGGGGAAGAUAGAGAAAUACUCCUACGGGCAGCUGAUCUCAAAAGACCUUACAGAAUCAUCUUGCAUCAUAUUUGUCUGCAAGGGCAGCUGUGAAGUCCUGAGGCUGAUAGACCUUGGGGAGUGCCCCUCCUACUACAAGUGGGUCUGGCAGCAUCUGGAGCUGGUAGACAACAAGCCUCUGAGCCAGCACUUCAUUGAACCCUCUCCUAAGCAGAGAUUUAAGGACUUCCAGAUCAAAUCAUAUCCUCUACAGGACUUCAGCUAUUUGAAACUUCUGCAACUCCAGAAAGCCUGGAGUCAAGAGGGGUCACGUUUCAGUAGGACACUCAAAACCUCAGGAGAUAGUCUCCCAAAGCUUUUUGGCCCUAAAAUCAAAUCCAAGCAUGCUCAGGUGGUCAAAUGUCCCAUGAUCAAUACCAAGUAUGGCGAGCUCCCUGUGGAGGCUAUGGUGGGCACAUACAUCAAGAUCCACACUGUGGAGCAAGGAGACAUCUUGGGCUUUCACCAGUUCUUCCUCCCGGACAACCAACCUGACACUCGCCCCUUAAUCCUCACAAGCCUGGGAUCGGAGUUGAUACGGAUGAACAGAGACAAUUUUUAUGAACUGAUUGAUGAUGAGAUAAGACAGAAUUUGUUGCAGUCCAGGGUUGACUACCCCAGUGAUGAAGAAACGUGCCAGAAGUUCCUCAAGGAGAACAACUGGAAUGUUUUUCGGAAGGACCUGUUGCGGCUGCUGGUGGAACCUCACCAGAGUCUACCGUUCAUCCCAAUCCAGCCCAAGAAGAAAGGGAUCUAUGACCCUCAGACUCUGAUCCUGGAUUUGUGUAGAAUCAACGAGACUAAACCUCCCCAUCCUGUUUUCAAGGCUCCCCGGAAAUUCCUCCCCCCACUGAGGCUUAUCCAGGCCAUUACAGCACCCAGGUACAAAAUCCAGGAACUCCUGCCUCAGUAUAAAAAUGCUGGGGUCCUUAUUUAGAACUGAUAAAGGAUGUUG